UGUGGUUGUCCGUAUACCUAUCUACAAAUAUAAUAUUAUAAUACACUAAAAGGCCUAUACUUAGUAUUAUAAUUUAUAAUAUUCGGUUGAAUUGUUUCGCGUCGUGGUGUGUUUGCGGAUCGACACUAGUCUUGGAUAGGACAUGAUGUCUGAGAAUCCUGAGAGCAGCAGUAAAGUCUUGCAGAUCAACACGGAAAAUGUUUACAAGAUAUUUGAAUGUAAUGAAUUGGUCGUAAUUUUGUUCUGUUCUUGUUACCAAGAAAUAUGUAUAUACAAAUCCACUUUCGAAAAAGUUUCUGUAAAAGUUUCUGAACUUUAUCCAGAUCCUGGGAAAGUUGUUAUUGGAAAAGCAUCCCGUUAUGGGACAUGGACUGAAUAUUAUAGCACCUCACAGAACCCCAAUCUCCCUUUUGACUACAAACCAAAUGUAAGAUUAUUUAUAAAUGGAAAGCUUGCUACAAAAAGUUUUAUCAGUGACAUAAUACUAUCAAACAUAGUAUCUUAUAUUCAAAAACUACUAGAUAAUUCUAUAGAAGAAAUAUCUAGUAUAUGCAUUCCUAAUAAUCCUACCAAAGCUUACGAGAAAUAUAUGAUAGGAUAUUUUAAGAAUAAAAAUUCACCCGAUUAUCAAAUAUUUAAGAAAUUGUCAAUGGUUUUUAUGGAUGAUUGUCAGUUUUAUGCUGGAUUUGGAGAAGAAUUUUGUACUACGUUCUCUGAUAACCAUAACGAAUCAUUAAUCAUAUUCAAGAUCUCCAACCAACCAUCUCCAGAAUUUGAACAAGAAAUAUUUAGUGGCGAUUCAUCAGAUUACGAAUCACUUUAUAAUUGGGGAGAAAAAAAUAUUCUAUAUUCAACAAGUGAAAUUACAUUUGAUAAUGCCGAAAGUAUUCAAAAAGACCGUCCAUUAUCUCUUAUUCUGUUUUAUAAUCCAGACGAUCUCAAACCCGUUAAACGGUUCAAGGAUAAUAUUACAACGGUUUUAAAAGAAUAUUGCAAUAGUAGUUAUAAUAUGUUCUAUAUACUGAUGAAAAAUUAUGUUGAUAACUAUACAGUUACCGUACUUAUUUGUUUUAUUAUUGUUUUAGAUCAAAUUAAUUUCCUGACAGCAAAUGGUGCACUAUUUUCUAAACAUUUACAAGAAAUUGAAAAAUCUCAAACUGAUUUACCAUUUCUACUUUUGGUUCGUCAUGGUACAAUCUAUCGGUUUCCAGAAAAUUAUGAUGUCACCAGCUUGAUGUCUUAUCAGCAACUGAAAACAUUAAUAAAAGAUUUUUUUUCAAAUAAUAAACAUUUCAGUUAUUAUAGGAACGAACGUCAAGAUAAAAGUGGCUCUAUACACCCUGUCUACCGAUUUAAUUUAUUUUGUGAAUUUUCAAGCAAACCAGAGAAAAUCGAUAGAAAUUAUAUUCCAGACUCUGUAGAAGAUCAUUUUUGUGUUAGUCUAUUUGAUGAGUAAAAUGGAGAUGUGUGUAAGAUAUCCAUAAAAAAAUGUUAACACAAUAUGAAAAAUGAAAAUGUAAUAAUGUGGGCCCAUAUUUAUGUACAAAACAAAAUCAUGAAAUAUAUAUGCACUAACAG